AUGAUUAACACCGGGGCCAGUAAAGUACCCAAUGCUCCUCAUAACAGAACAACCCCAUCGGCGCAAGCUCAGGCACAAGCUCAUUUACAACACUCGAAGUUGACGGCACAACAGCAGCAGCUAUUAAGACAACGACAACAACAGCAGCUAUUACAGCAACAGCAGCAACAACAGCUCGCCCAGCAACGUCUGCCAAGACCUAAUCUUCAGAACUAUCACUUUGCAACUACAUCGCCAGAAAUUUUAAAGAAAUAUGCGAAGUAUCCACCAUCGUUGAGUUUCCAUAUCUAUGAGUCCCAUUAUCGGUUGAGUAAUUCACAAGAUUCGAAUAUUAUCCCAAAAUCGUCACCCAUGAUUAAAAGUUUCCUACAGCAUGUAAUGAGAGAAGAAAUCCCUUUUGAAAUGAGUGAAUUGAUAAAGGACUUUGCUAUUAGGUCGUAUGACGGGUGUCUUAUAUUGCAGGUAUACGAUCAUAGAAAUAUGAUCCCAACAGGAGCUCCAGCUACUUCUAAUACAAAUUCUUCUGCGCCUACAACUAAUAAUGAUAGAAGCAAUGCUGGAGGCCUGGCUAGUACUAAUGUAAAUACUGUUACGGAUACUACAACAGAUACUAACGGUUCUGCUUCAAAAUCUGCUAGCCCUUCACAAUCAAAUACCAAAAGUGACAGUAAUAGUAACACUACCGGAUCAUCAGCAGCAACAGCAACUAGUGAAUCAGCAAAAGUUAUAUCUAAACCAAAGGCUUACAGAACCUUAUUAAGGCCAACACAAUUGUCAUUAUAUUACGAUUUGCUCUAUCACACAGAUUCGGCAUUAACGAAGUUUACUGACCCUUUGUCACUUCAAAUGGAAUCAGAAAUAUUGACUUUGGCUAAUCGAAAAUUAGAUUUAUCUGUGCCUCUAAACCCAUAUUUAUGUGAUGAUUAUUUGAAACCUGAAAUAGAGCUGCCACGUAAAGAAUGGGAUGAAAAGAAUCAAGAUUGGAAAUUGAUACACCUGCACCGUCAAGAAGUCGAAAAUCCACCACGUAAAUUACAUCAAGAUGAAUUGAUUAUGCAUAAAUCCUCUGACUAUGAGGAAAUUAUGUUCUUGUUAUCUAAUAAAUACAAAAGGUCUGAUGAUACUCUGGAUAAGAAAUUGGUUGUGGUAGGCUCUUCAUCAUUAGUAUCAACAGGAACAACUAACUCCAGCAAGAAUGGGAAGGAGGGUAGUGCUGAUCCUGAAGACAAAAGUAAGAAUACUGAAGCUAAAAAUGGAAGUUCUACUGUUGUUAAUUCUAACACUACUUCGAAUUCCACGACUGGUCAAUUUAUGAGGCUUAGAUAUAUUGAAGAGAUUAGAAAACGUAGAGAAGCGCAAAAGGCUCAACAAGAGGCUGUUGCCGCUCAGGCGACCAGCAAUGGGGCCAACUUAUUAGCACAGUCUAAUAAUGCAGCUGCAAUUAAUGCCAGUAAAGAUACUGUGCCUGACAAUAAAGGAUCAUUUGCUCCACAAGAUAGUAAUAUAGUACGUCCUGGCUCUCAGCCUCAAGCAGCUCCUGCCAAUCUGCAACUUCUGAGACAGCAACAAAUGAUGGCAGAAAAGGCACAAGCUUUGAGGGCAAGACAAUUCCAAGCGCAACAACAGAGACAACAACAAGCAAGGCAACAGCUUCAACAACAGCAACAACAGCAACAACAGCAAAAUAUUAAGAGACAAAAAAUGGAUAAUAUUCCACAGCAACCAUUACAGGCCCCACAAUCGCAGCAGCAGCAACCACAACAGCCAUAUAAUUCGAUUUCUUCUACUCCUCAGAUGGGGAUGUCUCAACCAGCAUCUAGUAUGGGAACGCCAGUGAUGAAUGGAACCAUGCUGACACCACAGCAACGUUUCCAACAAGCACAACAACAGGCGUUAUCACAACAACCAUCCCAAUCGGCACCGUCUCAACCACAAUCUCAAGGGCAAAUUCAUGCGCAGUCUCCUGUUCAAACACCAGUCACGGCACAGAAUCAACCAAGUCAAACUCAAAUUCAACAACAACAGAUAUUCCAAAAUACAUUAACCCCACAGGAACAACAAACUUUCAGACAAUUACAGUCAAGGAUGAAUGCAUUUGCUAUGAUGGGCAAUUCAGGAAUUGCGCCAAAUAGAGCACAAUUGACACAACAGCAACAGCAACAAGCCAUUCAACAAGCAAAAUUAAUUCAGCAACAGUUAUUGCAAAAAUUUCCCGUUUAUUUUCAGAGGUUGCGUCAAUUUCAGCUACUUCAACAGCAAAGAAGACAACAGCAACAACAACAGCAGCAACAACAAUCAGCAAGCCAAUCACCACAGCCAAUGGGUAAUAUCCCAUCUUCGAUUCCUCAAAAUUCACAAUUCAAUCAACAUCAAAAUGUAGGUGGUAAAACAAUCCCCGGAGGAAUGAGUCCUCAGCAGCAACAGAUGAUCAAUCAGCAAAUGUUGCAACAAAUGGCUAAUAAUAUGAACCAGCAGGACAAAAAAAAAAUGUAUAAAAAGAAGUGA